GAAUCAAAGUUCUCGAGCUGCAGGUGUGGUUAGCUAGACGACGGGAGGACUCCGGAGGCUUCACCGGUGGCAGUCAUGGCAGGUCCCAUGAAGGGCCAAGUGUGCGUGGUAACUGGUGCCUCUAGGGGUAUUGCCCGCGGCAUCGCCUUGCAGCUCUCCCAAGCAGGAGCCACAGUUUACAUCACUGGCCGCCAUCUGGACACACUCCAGGCCACUGCUCAGGAGGCGCAGUCCUGCGGGGGCCGGUGUGUGCCCGUGGUAUGCGAUUCAAGCCAGGAGAGUGAAGUGCAAAGCCUGUUUGAGCAGGUGGACCGCGAGCAGCAUUGGCGUCUGGAUAUGCUGGCUAUCCUCAACAACAAGAAGAAUGCAUUCUGGGAAAGCCCUGCCUUCCCAGAUGACAUUAACAAUGUUGGACUCAGGCUGGCUGCUGACUGUGCCCGUGAGCUGCAUCGCCAUGGAGUUCGCUACGUGUCUCUGUGGCCAGGGUUGGUGCAGACAGAACUGCUGAAGGAGCAUAUGGCCAAGGAGAAUACCACUGAGGAUCCCCUGCUUAAGCAGUUCAGACCUAUUUUUUCAUCCGCGGAGACUACAGAAUUAAGUGGCAAAUGUAUCGUGGCUCUGGCAACAGGCCGCCCGGUCCAAGACUAUCUGUCCGUGAGCUCCGUUCUCACCCACGUCUCCAGCCUGGGCUGGCUGGCCUCCUACUUGCCAGGCUUCCUCCGCAUGCCCAAGUGGAUUAUGACCCUCUAUGCUAGCAAGUUCUAA